CUUCGAGCCAAAAAAAAGACAAUUUAAAUUCCGCGUUUCCUGCUGCUUUUCCUAUUGCUGCUUGUCCAAUGGCAACUUCGUCCACUGCACCACCACCGCCCACGCCUUCCUAUAUUUUCCGAGGUCAUACGGCUGCAGUUAACUCUGUUCGUUUUUUUGAUCAUAAUAAAUAUUUUGUCUCUGGAGACGCGGAUGGGGUCAUCUUUGUAUGGAAACUACGCACGCGUCGGCCCGUCCUGACAUGGAAAGCACAUGAAGAGAGUUGCCUUUCAGUGAAUCUCAUCGGCAAUGACAAGCUUCUCAGCCAAGGGAGGGACAACAGCAUUCAUGUUUGGCAACUGCCUUGUUUGGAAACUGAUUCCAAAGAAAUACCAAAGAAACUAUCCACCAUCGUCUAUGACUCUCUCAAUUUCUGUAAGCUUUGUGUAUGUAAUAUAAAAGAUAAUGAUACCCUUCUCUGUUUUCCAUCCCUUGGUGAUACUUCGUUGGUUGACAUUUAUAGCUUGCAAGAGCAACGCUGGAUCAUCCGCGGUAUUGGUAACGCCGAUGCGGAGGACAAGAAAGCGGCAACAGGCAUUUGUAUGGCCGUGCGAAUAUUGCUGUUGGAAGACACUGUACACAUUGUAUCAGGUUACGAGGACGGAUCCGUAGUUCUAUGGCGGAUUAAAGAGAACAACGUCCAAUGCAUCUGGCGAAACAAAUAUCAUAAAGAACCAGUGUUAGAUCUUGCAGUGGAUCCAUUGAAAUCCUUUAUCUACUCGACUUCUGCUGAUAACCAAGUUAUCCGCCAUGACGUUCAUAGUGGAAAACAUCACAUCGUACCCACAAAAAAGUCGGGCGUAGCUGCAGUGGCUAUACGCGAAGAUAAUAAGAUUCUUGCCACCGCUGGAUACGACGGCAAGAUUCGUAUUUUCUCCAUCAAGUCGCAGAAACCCUUGGCAGUAUUAUCCUACCAUCAGGAUAGCGUCUAUGCGCUCGAUUUUGCCGAACUAACCAAAGAACAUUACAUGCUUUCCGGAGGCAAAGAUAAUCGUAUCGCCCUGUGGUCGAUCUAUUGAAUUUUUUAUCCGUCAUCACCAUUGUACUUUUACCUUGUCAGCACAACUUGGUCUGCAUUGGCAAUUUCGCUAUUCACAUAUAAAGAAACAAAGAAAUACAUUAUAUGAUAUCCCACU